UGUCUACCACAAACAUACCGAGUUCUCAGUUGUCUACCACAAACAUACCGACAUCUCAGUUGUCUACAACAAGCAUUCCAAGUUCUCAUUUGCCUAACACACUCAUACCAAGUUCUCAGUUGUCUACCACAAACAUACCAAGUUCUCAGUUGUCUACCACAAACAUACCAAGUUCUCAGUUGUCUACCACAAACAUACCAAGUUCUCAGCUGUCUACCACAAACAUACCAAGUUCUCAGUUGUCUACCACAAACAUACCAAGUUCUCAGUUGUCUACCA